CCGCAGCCGCGCCCGGCGCCGGACGCCGCCUCGGCAUGGGCGAGCACCCCAGCCCGGGCCCCGCAGUGGCCGCCUGCGCCGAGGCGGAGCGCAUCGAGGAGCUGGAACCCGAGGCCGAGGAGCGGCCGCCGGCGGCGCCGGAGGACCACUGGAAAGUCCUGUUUGAUCAGUUUGACCCUGGGAACACGGGCUACAUCAGCACAUGUAAGUUCCGGAGCCUCCUGGAGAGCCAAAGCUCCAAGCUGGACCCGCACAAGAGGGAGGUGCUCCUGGCUCUCGCCGACAGCCAUGCCGAUGGGCAGAUCUGCUACCAGGAUUUUGUCAACCUGAUGAGCAACAAGCGGUCCAACAGCUUCCGCCAGGCCAUCCUGCAGGGCAACCGCAGGCUCUGCAGCAAGGCCCUGCUGGAGGAGAAGGGGCUGAACUUCUCCCAGCGACUGAUCCGCCACGUGGCAUACGAGACCCUGCCCCGGGAGAUUGACCGCAAGUGGUACUACGACAGCUACACCUGCUGCCCACCGCCCUGGUUCAUGAUCACAGUAACACUGCUGGAGGUUGCCUUUUUCCUCUAUAAUGGGGUGUCGCUGGACCAAUUUGUGCUGCAGGUAACCCAUCCACGAUACCUGAAGAACUCACUGGUUUACCAUCCACAGCUCCGAGCACAGGCUUGGCGUUACCUGACGUACAUCUUCAUGCAUGCGGGGAUAGAACACCUGGGACUCAACGUGGUGCUGCAGCUCCUGGUGGGGGUACCCCUGGAGAUGGUGCACGGAGCAACCCGCAUCGCGCUUGUCUAUGUGGCUGGUGUCGUGGCAGGGUCCUUGGCGGUGUCUGUGGCUGACAUGACCGCACCAGUGGUGGGCUCCUCUGGAGGGGUGUAUGCGCUUGUCUCUGCCCAUCUGGCCAACAUCGUGAUGAACUGGUCAGGCAUGAAGUGUCAAUUCAAGCUGCUUCGGAUGGCUGUGGCCUUGAUCUGUAUGAGUAUGGAGUUUGGGCGGGCCGUGUGGCUGCGAUUCCACCCAUCAGCCUAUCCCCCGUGCCCUCACCCGAGCUUCGUGGCGCACUUGGGUGGCGUGGCUGUAGGCAUCACCCUGGGCGUGGUGAUCCUGAGGAACUACGAGCAGAGGCUACAGGACCAGUCGCUGUGGUGGAUUUUUGUGGCCAUGUACACCGUCUUUGUGCUGUUCGCUGUCUUCUGGAACAUCUUUGCCUACACCCUGCUGGACUUAAAGCUGCCGCCGCCCCCCUAAGGGCCUGGAGGACCUUGGUCAGGGAGGGGAGGGAGAAGCAGCGUCGGCAAGCAGCAGUCGCGUUCUUUUGCUCAUCACCAGCUCAGUGAGGCCAGGCAGGCGAGGACAAGAGACGCUGGGCCGCUGUAAUAUUUGUGUUCCGAUUUGAACAGAGUGGAGGCAUUUUUCUGAAAGGCACCUGUUGGAGGAUUUGGUUGUGGCUUCUGUAGUUUUUCUAGAUGGUUCUGAAAACCUCAGGCCAGGGUGAAGGCCUGGGGUGGGAUGAGAGUGGCCGUCCCCUCGGGCUGGGCGUGUCCCACGUGUACAGGGGUCCCCUCCCUUGUCAUAGACUGGGCACCAGCCUUCUCAUUCAUCGCCACCUUGAGACAUCUAAGCGCGUAAGGACGGCCUGAGUCUGUAGUAGCCAGGCGGGCCCUUGUCCAGCCCAGAGGUCACUGUGGGCCAGGAAGUGUUCCCUCCAUAGCUGUUGGGUCUGGAGCUCUGGAGUGGAAGGGGGCCUGAUGAUGGAGGACAUGUCGACUUUGGUCUGGGGGGGCCCAGGGUGCCCUCCCAUGCAUGUUAGUGGGUGCUGGGAUGUGGCCUCUAGUGCCUGGGGUGGGCAGAGGAGGGCGAUUGUGUAACUCCAGGCCCCACCUUUGCCCUGCAGGUACCCAGCGAGAGGAAACCAAGCGGGAGGGAAUAAACUUCGUUCCAAGUUCCCCCCGCGGAAGGGUAUCAACUUUGGGCGUCUCCUGGGUGCUGACAUCUCACACCAGUGCCCCAGCAUCCAUGCCUUUAUGUCCAGGGCCUUUUCCUCCCCUUCUACUGCCCUGACCCCCCAAUGUGCCUGUCCUUUGUUUAUAGAGCCAGUGUUCUGAUACGUGCGUGCAUGCGUGUGUGUGUGUGUGUGUGUGUGUGUGUGUGUUUGGUCUGGUGGGCAGAUGCACGUGGGAUGGGAAAGAACGUGAGGCCAGUUGGAGGCUGCAGAGGAGGCUGCGAGGGGCAGAGGGGGAUGGGGCGGGAGUUUGCAUGAGAGGAAGGAGGGUGCUGAGAGAUGGGAAAGAGCUUGCCCCCUUCUUCCUUGCCUUUCUCAGAGAGGCUACUGGCCUUUCUUGCCUUUCUCAGAGAGGGUCCCAGUAGCCUCUCUGAGAAUCACUGACCGUGGGAGACUUGCCGUGGUGGAGGGAGACCUCGGGCCUUUCCAGGGACCCUCAGGAUGCUGAGGUUUUCCUCGCCUUUGCCAAGUUCUGCUCUGAUUCUCAUCUAGAAUAGACUCCCUAUCUGAAAAGAUUCUGUUGUAUCUCCCUUAGGAGCUUUGGGGGCGCAGGAGAGGCUGGAGCAGGAAUGUGGAGGCCAAGUGCCCUUUUGAGUUGAGGGCACAGGGGGCUACAGUAAAAGGAACUCAAUUCAGAUGGAGAACUGCUCCUGGAGAAGAACUGUAGGGUGCUUGGGUGAGUGUCACAGGUGAGGGUAGCCCGUAGACUCAGAUGCUCAGAGCUGGGAGGGAACAUGGAGAUGAUCAGAUCCAUCCCCCCACCCAUUACUACACAAGUGGCAAAACCAGGCUGAGGCAACGACCCCUGACAGAAGCUUGUGCCCACCCUGAGGGGAGGGUGUGGGGAGGAUGGCCUUUGACAAACUACGCAGUUCCCUUUAUGCCGCUCUGGGAGCUCACAGCCACUGACAGCCCAGGAGGCUGCGUUCGUGCAGGAAUGGGGAGCCCUUAAAUAUACCAAGGUCCAGAGUCAGCCAGGCCAAGCAUCUGGGGGUCUUGGGCCACUGUGAUCGCAUGUAAAUGGUCAGGGUCUUCCUAGCCAGGGACACCCCCAAGCCAUGCCAAGCCCUUCCCUGGCUUUGCCCAACAGUAGGUGGUUCUGGUCCCCGCAUCUUUCUCCCGAGGUCCUGCUGCACUUGUGCCAACGCUGUGCUGAGGACUGCCAGCCCCAGGGUAGGGGAUGAGCCUGGGUGUGGCUGAGCUGUGCCAGUCUGUGCCCUGCCAGCCACCCUCUGCCCUCCUGAGAGACAGGUGUAGUUGGAAGAGUCUGCUUCUUAGGAGACUCUGAGCUGGAAUGGGGGCCAAGAAGGCUCGGGUGAGGAUGGGGGGGGGGCCUCAGCCCUGGGCUGCCGCCACUGCUAACCCUGAGUGGCGCUGUCCCUUCCUGGAGGGACAGAAGCUGCUGGUGCCCUGCUGCAAGGCAGGGCUCCCCCUCCAGACCCUGGCACCUGAGAGCUCUGGGAUGUGGGUGGAGGGGGCAGAGAGGGGCCUUCUUGUUUGAUGCGGCCUGGAGAGGGGCAAGAAGACUGUGAACCAGAAGAGUCUAGAAAGCCCUCAGAGAAGUACCCAGUUCCUUCAGAGUUUCAGAUGGAAGCCUGUUACCGAGACGGACUGCCUGAGGCGGAGGUCCUAUCUCCCAUCCUGUUAAGUCUGCCCUGCAAGGUCUGGGAUGUGCUAAGGGAGCCUCCUCCACACCUCAGGCCUCCAGCCCCAGCUGCUCCCUGUCCAAAAAUACCCCUGAAGUUCUUUGCUGUGCUUAACGCCCACCUGCACCACCUCUCCCAACCAUCGCUCCAAGCAAGACUGCCCAGUGAUGACAGUAGUCACUUCACACCACUCAGGUCUCCAACCCAGGGCCGGGAGACAGCUGUCCGGUAAGAAGGCUUUACUUUUGGAGUCUGGCUUUCUCCCCGGCAAGUCCCUCUGUUCCCAAGCUCCCAGCACCUGCCAGCAGCACGUCCCCGUCAUCCUCCGUCCUCCCGCCUCUAGUAGGGCCACCUGGCCAGGGUGCUGGGAAGCAGAGGGUGGAGUGAAUCUUCAGGCUGUGGAGGCCGGUUGCCUUUCAUCCACAGGCUCCAGAGAUUGAAAGCUGAGGUUCCCCAAACAGCAGCCCUAGACUCCCUCCCUCCCGACGGAAGAGGAAUCACAGAAACUGGGGAAAGGAAAACAAACCUUCAGAGGAGCAAUUUCGGUUUAAUGACACCAUUCAUCAUUCAUUUUUUAAUUAGGAAAAGCUCCCUAAUGAGACGCUUUUGACAGCUAAUGGGAUUCUCAAUUUCCAUGAGAAUCAUUCUAGCCCAGAGGAUUAGGGGAGUUGCUGCUCGCCAAGCCUGGAUCUUCUUUCCCCAGCGUCCAAUUUCGUUUGCAAAUAAUGACGGUUCCCGGGUGCAGUGGAAACCCUUUCCUGACAUCAUUCAUGUGGCUCCCAGUGCUGGCCGGAAAGCUCUGCAACUCCUCUGCCUUAAAAAACUGCCCAACACUGAUCUUCCUCCGCCCAGGACUUGAGUAAGUGGAAACAAAAAACACAAGCUGCAAUGUUUGUUUCUAAAUAUUUUUAUAUUGUGUAUAUUCUGUAUAUUUUUGUUGUAACAUAUUAUUUGAGCACAGAUUCCAUUAAAGAUUUUUUUUUUCUUUAA